CUAGCUUUUGAAGACAUCAUUUUUCUUACACAAGAUGGAGUGCUUGCUAGACACUAGAUAGUGUCUUGCGCAAGUUGCGGUCUGUUUGUAAUGCCAAUCUUAUUUACUCAAGAAGAAGAGUCACGAGUAGGUGACACAACAACAACAAGUGGAUGAGUAUCUGCUUACUUAGGAAGUUGAAAACUUUGAACACAACACUAUAACCGCUUACCAGGGAGACAACCAAAACCACCCUUCACCUCACACACAAUACCACUACCUAUAAUAGAGAUUCUUCUAGUUAUACAAAAAAACUUCAAAGGACGGUGUUAGUAUUUUUAUCUUUAUUUUUUGAAACUGAAACACAGCACUUCUCAAGUUCUCACAUACCCAGACAGAUUUAGAAACAUUAGUACCGAGGGUCCCUCACUGGAGAGUCACAGUAUUCUUGUAACCGUACCAAUUUAUCUGACCUCUUUUUGUGGCAUAGAUUGAGGUACAAUAGCAUAUUUUCACAAUCUUUUUUCCCUGGAAUGAAGGGUUUGUUUCUCUUCUCUUGGUCUUGUACUUCAACCACAGUUUCUUUCUUCACCUUCCUUUUGUUCUCUCUUUUUAUAUUUUCUCCUUUCACUCCACCACCACCACCAGUUUUUUUUCUUAAUCUCUCUAUUAGCUUGAUGUGACUUGUUUUAUUUUCAGUGAUUGUGUGGUUAGGGUUCACAUGCAAAAAUAAACAUGUCUCUAUAGAAUCUUUUAUUUUCUCAUCGGAAAAUUAUCAGAAAAUAAGAUAAGGUUUUGGUUUGGUUUUGGUUUUGGUUUCAACUCAUAGAUCUGAGUGUUGGUUCAUACUUAUCAGCUUCUUUUCCAAGCUAGAUUCUCUCUUUCUUGUGUUAUUGAUUAUGGCUAAUCGAUGGUGGACUGGGAAUGUGGCAACGAUGCCAACAUCACCGACUUCACUUCAGCAGCUGAAAAGAGAAGAGUUGAUGGAAAGCAACAACAACGCGAACUCGACUCCGACUAACAGCAGUAACAGCAACAAUAAUGAAGAUGAAGAUAACAACAACCCUGAAGAUCAGAAUCCUUCGGAGCCUGGUAGUAGUAGUGGCCGGAGGCCACGUGGUAGGCCGCCGGGGUCUAAGAACAAACCCAAACCGCCUAUUGUUAUAACGAAAGAAUCUCCGAACGCGCUUCGGAGCCACGUGUUGGAAAUAGGUAGCGGUAGUGAUGUGGCGGAGAGUAUAGCUGGUUUUGCGAACCGCCGUCAUCGCGGUGUGUCGGUUUUGAGUGGGAGUGGCAUUGUGACUAAUGUGACGCUUAGGCAACCGGCUGCUCCUGGUGGUGUUAUUACUCUUCAUGGAAGGUUUGAGAUUCUGUCGCUUUCGGGUGCUUUUCUGCCUUCGCCGUCUCCGCCUGGAGCGACCGGGCUGACUGUUUAUUUAGCUGGUGGUCAGGGGCAGGUUGUUGGUGGCGCGGUGGCGGGCUCUUUGGUGGCUUCUGGACCGGUGAUGGUUAUUGCAGCUACUUUUGCUAAUGCUACUUAUGAGAGGCUGCCAUUGGAAGAUGAACAAGGUGGUGAUCAAGAGGAAAUGGAAAUGCAAGUUGAACAACAAUCUGGUGUGAAUUCAGCUACUAUUGCAGCAGGAGGAGUUGCUUCUUCUCAAGGUUUGGAAUUCGUCGAACAACACCAUCAUCAUCAACAACAACAACCGGUUUCAAUGCCUAUGUAUAAUUUGCCACCGAAUCUUAUACAUAAUGGUAAUCAAAUGCCUCAUGAUGUGUUUUGGGGAGCUCCACCUCCUCGUCCUCCUCCUCCUUUCUGAGAAAGAAAGGUAGAAAACUUAUUUAUUAAUGGUGUUUAAUCUUACUGACUUGUACUUGUGUGUAGCAUCUCUACUUCGCUGACUGUGCUUGUUGUAAGAACAUAUAUAUACAUAUAUAGCAAGGUUAGGAUUGUUUGUUUUGUUCA